GAGUUAGUACCAAAAGCUAUGCCAAACCGACCCUUCUAGUAAAUUUUCCCCCGACCUCCGACCAACCGGCCCGGAUCACCGGGCAUGCGCCGCGCCGCCGCCGCCGCCGCUUGAGGAGCAGCUCCUUGUGGGGAUGGAGGGGGGCGGCGGGGGCGCGUCUUCUUUGCCACCGUUCCUGAGCAAGACGUACGAGAUGGUGGACGAUCCGGCGACGGACGCGGUGGUACUGUGGACGCCGCCGGGCACCAGCUUCGUCGUCGCCAACCAGGACGAGUUCUGCAGGGAUCUGCUCCCCAAGUACUUCAAGCACAAUAACUUCUCCAGCUUCGUGCGACAGCUCAACACCUACGGCUUUAGGAAAAUUGAUCCCGAACAAUGGGAGUUUGCAAAUGAGGAUUUUGUUAGGGGACAACGGCACCGGCUGAAAAAUAUACAUAGGCGCAAGCCUAUAUUCAGCCAUUCAUCUCACACUCUGGGUGCCGGACCCGGGCCAUUAGCAGAUAAUGAAAGGAGGGAAUAUGAGGAUGAAAUUGAGAAGCUUAAAUGCGACAAUGCAGCUCUGACCUUAGAGCUUGAAAAGAAUGCACAAAAGAAACUUGAUACUGAGAGACGAAUGCAGGAGUUGGAAGGUAAGUUGAUACUUUUGGAGGAUCGGCAGAAGAAUCUGAUAGCUUAUGUCAGAGAUAUUGUAAAGGCACCAGGAUUUGUAUCUAGCUCUGUACAGCAACCCGAUCAUCACGGAAAGAAGAGGAGACUGCCGAUACCUAUUUCUUUCCAUCAAGAUGCAGAUGCUCAGGGGAAUCAGAUUACGCAUGGGGACUUAACAAACUCUCCAGUUUGCCGAGAAUCAUUUGACAAAAUGGAAUCUUCCUUGAACUCAUUUGAGAAUUUCUUUCGAGAAGCGUGUGAAGCAUUUGAUAUUUCAUAUGAUGAUGGUAUCCCUGGCCCUUCUUCAGCUGUUGUUAUCACAGAGCUCCAUUCGUCUGGGGAAAGUGAUCAUCGUGUGCCAUUGCCUCCUUCAAGGAUGCGUACCUCUUCAGCUGGUGCAGGAGAUUCACGCUCUUCUCAUGAUGUAACAGAGUCAACUAGCUGCGCAGAAAGUCCUCCCCUUCCUCAAAUGCAGUCCUGUACAGAUUCGCGAGCUAAGGUGUCUGAGAUAGAUGUUAAUUUAGAGCCUGCUAUUACAGAAACUGCUCCAUCAAGAGAUCAACCUGCCGAGGACCCCCCUCCUGCAGCAGCCGGGGUAAACGAUGGGUUUUGGCAGCAAUUUCUUACUGAGCAGCCUGGGUCCGAUGCACAUCAGGAGGCCGAAUCAGAACGGCGAGAUGGAGACAACAAAACUGAUCAGAUGAGAAUAGGAAACCGGGGAAAAAAUUGGUGGGGCAAAAAAAGUGUGGAGCCGAGGACAGAAAAGCUGGGGCAUCUCACCUCGGCGGAGAAAACCUAACUGCUUGUAUUUCUUAUAGCUGAGAAACAAUUAGCACAGAAACACAUAGGACCAUGGUACCUCUGAUAUCUACUUCGCAGUGUAUCAUAUCUUUACCUCACACGGUGACAUAUGUUGACUGACAUUUACUUUGUAGUGUAUCAUACUUUUUUCC